AUGAAGGUUUCGUUGUACAUUAUUUUAAUCUCGAUCUUGCUCAGCAAGCACUACGCGCUGUCCCACAUAAUCAGGAAACGUCAGCUGUUCCGCGAGCAGGUCCUGCCGCACGCCGGCGGCAAGAUCCCGGACUCUGCCUUCCUGACCGACCGGCUGGCGUUGAAUCGCCUGCAGACGGAUGGGAUCGCGGUGCCGGACGGGGUGCUGCUGGAGCAGCGCCAGUACCAGGUGUAUCCGCAUCAGCAGCGGACAGCGCGGCCGACGUUCCGCGUCGUGCAAACGCCUGACAGCCGGUACACUUCGCCCGAGGGCGAGUACAGCCAUAAUGCGCUGGCCACGGUCGAUACCACCUAUCUGAUUCCGCAUGCGGGCGACAAACUGCUGCUACACGACUAUCCUUAUCCGCACCACCAGCACCACCGGGCUCCGCGGCCAACCUACACGCCUGCCAGCAGCCUGCCGAAGGUCCCGAUCGUGAAGGAGCUGCGCAUCCCGAACUACGCGGUGUUCAAUUUUGACUACAACAAUCACAAAAAGAAAAAGUCCCCCGUGGGACAUCCGAUCGAUGAUGGUCCGUGGUCCCGGCCGAGAUUAGCGCAAGACUACGUGAGCUUCCACGCAGCAACCGUUGCUAAUGGGCUGAAUUACCAGCACCCGUCCGUAGCAGCGUUCGACGGUAGCGGAAGUGGAUGGACCGGCGGUGGGUGGACGCCGUCCACCGGAAGUGCAAUCAGUGGGUCACUUUGGAAGCAACCGUUUGGCGGCAGUUUCGAGGACUACUACAACCAGUUUGACGCUAAGCACCGCUUUUACCGGCAGACCGGCGGCGAAUCAAAGCAGGCCGCCGCCGCGCCCGUGAAGCUAAACGCCAUUCCGCGCCGUCCGCGUCAACGAGGCGCGCCCAUCCACUAA